AUGGAUUUCAUCCCACCCAUCUUGUCUCCUUACUCCACCGUGCCUCCUUACUCCACCGUGUCUCCUUAUUCCGUCGUGCCUCCUUACUCUAUCGUAUCUUCUUACUCCAGUGUCUCCUUACUUCACCGUGUCUCCUUCACCGUGACUCCUUACUCUGUUGUGUCUCCUAACUCUGUUGUGUCUCCUUACUCCACCGUGUCUCCUAACCCCACCGCCUCUCCUUACUCCACCGUGUCUCCUUACUCCGCCGUGCCUCCUUACUCCGCCGUGCCUCAUUACACCAUAGUGUCUCCUUACUCCACCGUGCCUUCUUACUCCAUCGUGCUUCCUUACUCUAUCGUGUCUCCUUACUCCAGUGUCUCCUUACUUCACCGUGUCUCCUUCACCGUGACUCCUUACUCUGUUGUGUCUCCUUACUCUGUUGUGUCUCCUUACUCCACCGUGUCUCCUUACCCCACCGUCUCUCCUUACUCCACCGUGUCUCCUUACCCCACCGUCUCUCCUUACUCCACCGUGUCUCCUUACCCCACCGUCUCUCCUUACUCCACCGUGUCUCCUUACUCCACCGUGCCUGCUUACUCCGCCGUGCCUCAUUGCACCAUAGUGUCUCCUUACUCCACCGUGUCUCCUUAUUCUAUCGUGUCUCCUUACUCCACUGUGUCUCCUUACUCCACCGUGUCUCCUUCACCGUGA